AUGACGACGACGUCGCGGCAAUCUCGAGGCUCUCGUCUGGGGGCCCAGCGGCUGCGUGCUCCUGCUCCUGCGCAGGACAGAACCACUGAUCGUGGCCCUGUUGUUGAGGAAAGAGCAUCAGCGGUACUGACGGUAGCGACAUCGGCAACUAUGGGCGUUGACUCGGAGCUGGGGCACCGAAGCUCAGGCAGGGAAGCUCCAGAAGCGCGGACAGAGCGCGAGUCGCACGCGGUCGCUAUUAUGCGGCGUGCUGAGCAGAUUGCAGCGGCUCGACGAGCUGCCUCAUUGGAGCGUUUCGCUUCCAGUAGUAGUAGUAGUACGCUGACAGAGAGCCAAGUUGGGCGCUUGCCUGUGGAGUCGAGCGAGACGCUGGCAGCUCGAGGAGCCGCCAUUCUCGAGCGAAUACGCCAAAGGCGUGCAGAGGCUCAGCGGCUCAUAGAGGAGCACGAACGGAGGCUCCGUUCCAAAGCUAACAGCCGUACCGCAUCAGCUUCUACUCCGUAUAUGAGUCCAUCAUGGUCUGGUGAAGAGUCGCAGAAUCUUUCAACAAGGAUAGAGCAGGGUUUUCACGUAGAAGCGCUUUCCACUUCGGCGACGGAAGACAAUACAACUAUGGGGCGCAACGCACUGGCCGCUGGACAACUCGCGAGAGCGCAGCAGCAUACAGAUAGACCGCUAACUCCAUCCUCUCAUGUAGUUGAAAGGAUUCAUACGGUCAUGGAGCGUCUGCAAUGCGAAUCGGGAACAAGAGGUGAGCGUUCUCCCGAGGACUCUAACGUGCAGCGCAGAGAGGACGAUGCAGCAAGUGGCGGGCCGGUGGAUCCACCUGCUACACGAGUUUUGAAUCCGCCUCGAGACGGAGAUCUCUUGCAAGACCCGACGAGGUAUCCGAGAGCUCCGGAUAGUCUUGAAAAUCCGGUUCACACAAUACAAGCAAGCGAGUCGAUCCAGGCUGAACCAGGCCGCACGCGAUCCGAGAUCCAGAAUGUCUCACGUUCAUCAAGCUACCUAACGGGACCCGAAAAGCGUGCCUCAUCACCGCAGUUGAGGCACAUGGCAUCCCACGAGACCGCGUGCGGACCCUUGCAUCAUUCAGGCUUGUCCAUUGGAGACGAAUGCGAUGCCGCAUGCGCACAAGCCUCGAUGACGAUGAAGUCUCCACCGCAACGAGCCCUAGCGGAACAAGAAUCUCGAAGCUCAGCAGAGAAAAGCACGGGUACGUACAGCAUGCCGCUUGUACAUAAGGAUGCUUGGAAUUCGCCGGAUUUGCCUCGCGUGCAAAGUGAUCGCAGUACUAUACAGGUGCAGUCAGCGGCACAAACGAGCCCCUGUAUGGAUUCGAUGCGUGAUCGUGAGUCGCGAGCGAGUCCUCGGCAAGGGGGGCACGAAUAUUCCGGGACUUUGUCACGCAACGAACUGGAUGCCGAAUCCGUUGCGAGUAACCGAGCACCGCUGGACGCUUCAGACUCCUUGCCGCAUCCGCGAGAGCAGCAGAGCACCCUUACUGUGACGCUGCAUCCUCAUGACGCGGAUCGGGGCUGGGAUCAGGUCCAAGCAUCGCACCAUCGAGCGCAUCCUGCUGCUGUUGCGCAAGCUACCAUGCAAACGAUAGACAGUUGGGAUGCGAUAGAGCUUGCGCAGCACUCGGAGAAUGCCGACGACACUUGGCUAGCGGAAGAUGCGACUGAGGCUCGGCAAACAAUGGCGUCGGAUGCAUACAGAGCAAACGAGUUUGAUCACGAAGAGAUGGCGCCCUGGGAGCACCAGUCAACGGAGGCAGCUGAGACGAUACUUCACGGGUAUCCGACUGUGGCUCGACGCUCCGAGCUUCCACAUGUAGGCCACUCGCGUGAGCAAGGCGAUCACCUGCCGGUUUUGUCGUCGCUGGAACCCGUGCGCUCGAGAGGCGCUUCUCCGCACCAAAGACAUGCUGAUGAUCCAGAACAACGGUAUCCUUUCGAUUCCAAAGACGGAGAAUUGCGCGCCUGGACGAUAGCGACACCGCUGCCGACAGUCCAGGAAACGGAAGUUGCACCGCGAAUGUCGCUGACGGAUGCGAACGUUUCUGUGGCGGACACGUUUAUCGCACUGCGGACGUCUGCGGCUGGUGGUGAUACUGAAACGCGUGCAACUACAGCGCCCGCAAACUUGUCGCAACCUCGACUGUACCAGAGUGCGAUCGACUUUUCAGGUGCGCUCCCGGAUAACGAGCCUGCAGACCCGACCCCUGACGUUGUGUCUCAGCAUCACCAAUUACAGUUCGAAGUCUCAUAUUUGCCACAGGCGAAGGCCCCGGAUCGUCGAUCCGGAGCAGAUGAAGCAGUCGCAAAGCAGUCAUUCGCCAGCACAUCACCAGACGAGCAUUCCGGAGCGAGUCGCUCUCCAAGAUCACCCGAAACGUGCACUGAUGCACCACGCAGUACCGAUGAUCCGUUGUAUACGUCUUCUAAUGCUGCAACACAGCUGCCGCUUUCAUGGAGUUCAGAUGGAGGCGCUGCAGCAAUGAAAAUGCACGCGACUUGCCCGCAAGCAGAAACGCCACCGCAACCGACAUCGCAGCGUGAGGAUUCGAGUCGCUCCUGGACGCCGUCCCAGCACAAGACACGAGCUUCUCCUUCGACAAGCGUACAUAGUCCCGGCUAUGGACGCGAGCUGCCUCUCGCUACUCCGGAACAUGACGCCAGCGCUGAAGCAAUGCAUCGUUUGCGCCUCGCGGAGACGUAUUCACCCGAGUUGGUGACCGAUGACCCCGUGCACGUGGACCAUAGGCAGCAGGUACAACGCCGUGAACGCUCCAAUGCCGACAGCGACGUUGACGGCACUGCGGACGACGACGGCGAGUCGACUGCCGAGCAUCCCUGGGGUCACGAGGCUCCCUGGGCGUCCACGAAUGUUGCGGCAACGGCAACGCCGGGGACCAGGCAGGCCCUCUGGGGCACUAUCACGGAGGGCGCGGCUUUCUUUUCAGCGCCGGACGCUGCGCAGCCACAGCAAAUGCUUCAAGCGCUUGCCCCAAGCGACACCGCUGCUAACACAGAUGCGCAGACUUGUGAGGAAGCAUUCACAACAUCCAUGGUUGCCUUCGCUGAGCAACCCGACACCUCCACACAAGGCCUGCGCCUAGAUACGGCAUUCGAGACGGGUGUCUGGGCAGGGCCCCCGCUCAAGCAUCAUUCCGAGUUCGCAGCAGCGCCUGUGAUGCGUCCAGGUGCCGAUGCUCAUAGUGCUGAUGAUCGUGAGCGGCUCAUCGACGACGCGAACACGGAGGAUGCACUUGCUGGCCGGUCGACACAAGCUUCCUGGGAGCAGCACAGGUCGCAGGCGAGCGCGGUAGCAUCGUUGAAGGCGUCGCCAGCUUCAGUAUCUCCAGGGAACGCUGCUGCACACUCUGCUGUGAACGAUGGUGCUCGCUGGGACGCUCGGGAGGCAACCCGGACUCUGCACCACGUUCACACUCACGACGACGACAAUGACGACAAGUUGGUGACCGCGAUAUCGUCUCUGCAGCGAACGUCAACAUCGCCACCAGCUUCUGCUGCAAAUGAUGCUGGUGCGAGCGUGUUCUCGGGGGUAUCGCCAUUCGCAACGAAUGCCAUGAUGGCUUCUCAAGCGGCGAACUGGAGUCCAGUUGGGAAACCGCUGUGCCCAACCGCGGCCUUCAGCUCCUUGGGCUAUUUCGCAUUGUCGGCGCCACGCGUACUCUGUAGCUUACCCAGCGCCAACGAUGCCUUUUCAGCGACACCGAUACCGAUCUCGAUACCAGGGACAGCUCCAUGGACGAACGAUAGCGAUCGGGGCUCCUGCAGCGACCACGCAGAUCCAGCUGAGCAACAGCUCAAUACGGAUGUUCAUGUCUAUCAUACUUGGUCACUGGUGUCCGAACUCGACGGUAUCGAUGUGGACGUGACGGCACUCGUGCACUGGUUGCCGGAAACGGAUGAGCCUCUGGAGCUGAGUCAAGUGCUGGAGCGUUUCGGUGAUCGCCUGGAAGCGACCUGGGAACGACACGAGAACGACGAUUCGGCAAGUCGGUUGCUUUGCCGACUCCUCUGUCAGGUGCUCCCCAACCUCGUGCACGUGUCGGAAAUGUCGCAUAGUCAAUCUGUCGCUUCUUUUACAUCUGGAUCGGGUGAGCGCUCACUGAUAUCAAGUCGAGCGAAUCGCGCAUCGCGAAAGCAUUCGAUGUUGCCGCUAUCGCCAGCGCUAUGCCAUAUGUUGCAGGAGCAUCGCGUAGACGCUGCUGCCGCAUCUGUCGUUGUUCUUGGUGCUGAUGAGGGCGUUGAUGCGUCCCAGUCGCAUGUCAAACAGAUUGAACGAGCGCUUCUGUUCGGUCAGUACCGCACAGCGAUCCGUCUUGCGCAACAGGCCAAUGACUGGACACUGGCGCUACUUGUCAGCGAAGCGCAAGCCGGACUCUGGCCACCGGAUGAACGCUCGACAGCGACAAGCGGGCAUCUCCUUCAUAGCAUUCCCGACGACGACGUCAACGACGACGACGACGACGACGACGACGAAGAGGAACCUGCGCCCCAGCACUGGCGCGUACAGACCAUUCGACAACUGCUCCUUUCGGGUUACGCACGCGAUUCCUUGCUUGCCCUGUUACUGGCAGUGAUGAUCGCCGACGAAGACCUCAUUCGGUCGGCAACAAGGCGCCUGGUUGCACCAUCCGGGGGUGCAUGGCCCUGGCAAGCGCUCUUGGACUGCCUCUGGAUCCUUUCGCCCUGGCGUCAGCAGCAGCAGCAGCAGCAGCAGCAGCAGCAGCAGCAGCAAUCGGGAUCUGUUGUAGAGUCUGGGCAUCAAGCGGCACUGUCGAGGGCAUUUUCUAUCGUCGCAGAAACACUGACUGCUGCUGAUCACGACUGGGAUAUAGAUCGUGAGAUGCUCUGUCGAAUGAUCGCCGCAGAGUCGCCCUGGUCACCAGCUUUCUGUGACCUGCUUCUGAAGGGUAUCGAACCGGGGGUACCAGCAACGAGACUUUCAUCAUUAACCUUAACGUCAACGUCAACGACACUGCACCAGCACUUGAACGAGGCCAGCACCAGCGACUUGUACCAAAAGGCAACUGGAACUUCACUGGCGGCCUGUGCCUCGGGUGCUGCGCGCAUAUCGAUGCCAGCGCCUUGUCCGGUGUACCGGUUGAUUUUCUGGGAGGUUUACCGGAUGCUCUGGUCGAAGCGCUUCGAUCCAGAAGCCCCCUCUGGUGCUGAUGCAGUGCAUCGAGAACGCUCGACGCGCUUCACUGCUUGGGUGCAUGUGUCGCUUGCGGAGGCGUUGCAGGAUGUUGGUCGUUGUGCGCUCGCGCAACGCUACCAGAUACCGGUGAUCGCUGGAAACGAAAGUGCUGAAGAGCGCACCCCGAUACCAGGGAAGCACUGCAUUGCACCCGAGGCAGCCGCGACGCAAACCCCUGGGAUGCAAUCGUGGCGUCGAGCGAAGAGCACCGCAGAGGCGACAGCUGCAAGCUUUUCACCUUGUAGGGAGCAAAGCGUUAGAGUGUCGUCGUCGUCGUCGCCGUCGUCGUCAGCCUGCGGCGUUGCGAGUCAUGGACCUGCAUCCACGCUGCAGCUCUCUCCAACUGCGCUGGAUGCAGUCCACACAUGGAAUGGCGACUUGUCUCUGGGGCAUCGCGGAUCGAUUGCCACAGGUGACGGGGAUCUGCGCUGCUCGCCUAGGGCGGCAGAGGCAACGACGCAGCGUCUUGUCGUGGAUGCAACACCGGCCUCUGCGAGGCUCACGAGCAGCGUCGACGAGGUUGUUGCUUCUCCGCAGCGUGCUGUACGUGCUGAUUUCCAACAGCUGAGCAUCGUAUCGGCAGGGUUGCACGAUGAUCAGCAGCAAGAACAACAGCAAGAACGUUGGAAGCCCUGCCCCUAUCCGGGGUCUUAUCAUUCCGCCGGUGCUAGCAACAGCAACUGCGGCGAGCCUGAUGCAGAGAUGCAGUUCUCGAGUAGUGCACGCGAUACGCAGCGGGUACCGGUCGAAGCCGACGCUGAGACCUGCUCGCAGUCAUGGGCAUCGUCGCCAGCGUUGUCUGCUCCUAGACCGCCAGCAGCGGAGCAUUCGUCGAACGCUGGUUACGGCGGCAACGAAAAUGCCUCGUUCAGUGAAAAUCGGUCAAGCACGACACACUCUGGUACCUCGCAGCGCGCACAAGUGCUUGCAAAUGCACCUGCAGCGCGCGCUACCUCUACGUCACCAGACAUUACGGAUACCGCUGCUGCAUCGUCACGAUCCGAUACCGAGUCAAGGGUGCUGCCUGCGUCAGCAAUGCAUCCUCACCAGGAACGCGUCGCAGUCCAUGAAGUGCCACAGCGUGCUGCUUGUCCAGCAGCUACGGAUACGAAGCCACCCGCCGCAUCAGCAUCAGCAGAGGCACCACAAGCGAAGGGUUUGUCGCGUCUGCUACCCCUGCGCAUACUCGGGGGCCUGUUUGCCCGUAAGCAGGCCAAUCUGGGUCUGGAGAACAAAUUCUACUAUGAUGACAAACUAGGUCGCUGGGUAUGUGCUGCCGAUGAUGUCGAUGCCGCUGGAGGGGGUGCUGUGCUGGCGCCGCCGCCCAGCGACGCGGAACUGGCGCACAAGUCCGCUGGAUGCAAUGAAACAUCAGCAGCAGCAACGAAGGAACAAGUGUCGGGUGCAGUAGCCUCCGAGUCAAGUACCCGUACGCUACCUGGAGCAUUGCCGCCAGUUGCUGCAUCGUGUCCAGGGACGACGACAAUGUCGAUGACGACUCGGAAUCAGGUGUCAAGACCUCGUAGCAUACGUCAGCGUUAUGUGGAUGUUCUCGGAGCAGCGAAUGAUACAUCCAGUGCGUGUUUGCCGGCGCCAGUACCUCUCCUAUCGACGAAUGAGCUGCAGGAGCGUUCAGCAGACAAGUCGAAAGCGCAUCGGGUGCCGCUAGUGCCGCCUGCUGCUACCAGCGCGAACACCGCCACUCGCGACAGAACGCCAUCGUAG